AUGGCCGAUAAUGGGGUUCAUCAGCCCACACAGGCCGAGCUUCUAGCUCAGAUUGUUGAACUCCAGGCAGAGAUUCGAAGGAUAGCCGAGCUGUCCACCCAUAAUAAUGUCAGGAAAAACGAGGAAGGAAAUUCCAAAAGCUCGGCUUUGGGCAACACAGACCCUCUAAGCAUCACCCCACCAAAGGAGAAGCUGACAUUAGACAACCCUUUCUCUGAAGAGAUCACUAAUUUUCAAAUGUCAAAGAACUUUGUGUUGCCCACAUCCCUCGAGCCAUACAAGGGGAUUGGUGACCCCUGUGCUCAUAUUAAAAAUUUUCAGUCCAUGAUGUUUUUUAAUGGCGCUAAUAAUGAGCCCAUACUUUGCCGAGCUUUUCCCACUUACCUCAAUGAUGCUGCUUUACUAUGGUUCUCUAAAUUGUCUGCAGGUACAAUCUCUUCUUUUGAAGAAAUGGCGAGGUCUUUUAUCGACUAUUUUGCCGCAUCAAGGAUAUACGUGCACGGAUCAGACUACCUCGGCAUAAUCAAACAAGGACAACACAAAAGUCUAAAAGACUACAUGACUCAAUUUGCUGAGGCCACUAUGGAGGUUCCAGACUUAGACCCCACAAUGCACUUACACGCACUAAAGACCGGCCUCCGACCUGGCAAGUUCUGGGAAACAAUAGCAAUAAUAAAACCAAAGUCGCUAGAGGAAUUCCGAGAAAGGGCCACGGGCCAAAUGGAGAUCGAAGAACUCCGAGAAGCCCAAAAGGCGAACAAACAACCAACCAGGAGAGAGGAAGAGAAGACCUUCAAAUCGGCAAGCAAUAAAGAACAAAAGAAACCCUUCAACACUAAGAGGGAGAACAUAAUCAAGGAGAUCCUCAACGCCAAAAUAGUGAAACCUCCUGCUCGUGCAGGAAGCUAUCAAGAUGAGCGAUUCGUAGACAGGAGUAAACACUGUGCGUUCCACUAG